AAAGAGUUGUUCAAAAUAACAAAUUAAAAAAGUAAUGGCUAAUGUCCAAGUCACGAACUUUCUAAAAAUGUUCUAAAAGAAAUGCGUUUUAGAAAAACGAAUAAAUCGUUUUCGUGAAAAAGGACAUGUCGUUGAUUAACAAAUAAUCUUAAAGACUUUCUGGUAAUCUCGAUUCAACGUGCAACAAUAUUGUGAUCUCAGAGGUUAUUUAUUGAAGGAUCAUGGGACUGUUAACAUUCGCUGGAAGAAUAGUUCUUGUUGUGGUCAACAUAGUAUUUAUCUUGGUGUCACUGACUUUGAUUAUAGCUGGAUUCAUCAUUAGAUUUGCCCAUGAGUGGCUCAAACCUAGACUCGAUAGUGUCCUCAACAAGAUAGAGAGUACAGUACAAGAGGGAUAUGGGGACGCCGAGUUCAGUACGGAUAAGUUCGAGUUUGGAUCUCUCGUCAGUACACUAUGUUAUAUAAUGAUAGCGGCCGGAGUGGUUCUCCUUGCCAUAUCCUUCCUAGGAUGCUGUGGAGCUUGCUGUUCUUUUACUACCGUCAUGCUCGUGUACUCAAUCAUUUUGAUAGUUAUCCUGCUUGCCCAGGUUGCUGCUAUAAUUCUAGUAUUCGCAAAACCCGAUGUGGUUAAAGACAGAAUGAAAUCUACACUUCAAGAUACAAUGAAAGAUUAUGACGGUAUCAAGGGGACGUCAGUGUCUGCAUUAGGCUGGAACUGGGUGCAACAAGAGUUUGAUUGUUGCGGGGCAGAAGGAUAUGCAGAUUUCGGGGAUAAGGGAAGUCCAUACAAAGAUUCAGGAGUGAAUGACAAUGCAGAUAUGGGUGGUAACACAGGGAAUGUUGGAGCUCCUGUGGCCUGCUGUAAAACAUUGCCUACAGACGAUGGAAAAAGGACGACAUGUGCUGGCAAUGGUGCUCCUCCAACAGAAGCAAACAGCAAUUUAAAUAAAGGUUGCGUUAAUGAGGUUUGGUCCCGUGUCGUUGAAGAAAAUACUUUGAUGUUUGGCAUCGUUGUUGGUAUAUGCUUUUUAAUACAGAUUGUGCUCAUCAUUUUUGCUUGCCUUGUCUUCAAGAACAGAGGAGUUACCGGAGGCUUGAUUUAACACAGGACAAUAAAGUUCUACACAAUCAGCAAAUAUCUGUGAUAAUGUAUAUAUUGUGAUAUGUUACUAUAGUGAUAUAUGUGUGUGAUAUCUGGACAAACUUUACAUUAACCGUAGUCAUGAUUCUCCUUGAUAAAAAAAAAGAUUUAUUUUGUAAAAUACCGGUAUGAAAUCUAUAUCAACAUACCAAUCUUGUUUUGAAAACUUUAAAAAUCAUAGUGUAAUCUAAGCAUACAAAUAUAACUUUGAAGACAUAAGUGAACAUGUACAAUACUUUAUUGAAACACAUACAUUUCCUUAGACGUUAUAUCUCUUUUAAGGAGAAAGUGUUACUUAUAUUU